GGAGGUAUAAAGCAAGGCUGGAGGCCAGGAAGGAGCCAGUGUCUGCUACCUCCCCAACACUACACUACCAAACAUGUUCACCUCUGUGGCGUUGAUGUGCCUGCUGGUGGCCGCAAGUGUGGCUCUCCCAGGCGGCUACCAACAACCUUCAUACAAUGUGCCCACUCCCUACACCUUCAACUAUGGGGUCACCGCCGGCAACAACAACUUCGGUCAACACGAGAGUGGUGACGGACGCAACGUCAGGGGCAAGUACUAUGUGCACCUUCCCGACGGCCGAGUACAGACGGUGGGUUACUGGGCUGACGGCAGCGGCUUCCAUUCUACUGUGAACUACCAGGGCACCGCCAGUCAUCCCGGCAGUGGUUAUGGCUACCACUAACACCAACCAUCGCCAAGCCUGGUCCUUUAGGUUAAACUCAUGAAUAUUAAACAAAAGCAACGUC